CACACUCCUUGAGCAAUAAACUUGGCAGAGCCAUCAGAGUCUUCCUAACCAGAUACAACUGAAGGAUCCAAAAAUCACAAUGGAGAUCGACGUUGCCAGAGAAAAGUCUGACAAAACACAAAAGUCAACAGGGAAAGGUUACCGACAAAUGUGCAGAGCCCUGAGCUAUGUCAUGGGAGAUAUGAAGGUGUUUGGAGACUGGCUAAAAGACAAGCCUGUGGCCCUUCAGUUUGUUGACUGGCUUCUGCGUGGUAUUUCUCAAGUAAUGUUUGUCAACAAUCCACUCAGUGGCAUCAUCCUGCUCAUCGGAUUCCUGGUCCAGAGUCCUUGGCUGACACUCAUGUGUUGUACUGGAGUUGUUGUGUCAACUUUAACUGCUGUUAUUCUAAGCCAGGAGAGAUCAGCAAUUGCUGCUGGGCUCCAUGGCUACAAUGGUGUCCUAGUAGGGAUGCUAAUGGCUGUCUUCUCAGACAAGGGUGAAUAUUACUGGUGGCUUCUACUUCCUGUUAUUCUCAUGUCCAUGACCUGCCCUAUUUUUACCAGUGCUUUAGGUUUGUUCUUCAGCAAGUGGGACCUGCCAGUUUUCACAUUGCCUUUCAAUCUGGCUCUGAGUCUGUUUAUUGGGGCCACUGGUCAUUAUAAUGCUUUCUUCCCUACAACACUGAUAGAACCAACCACCUCUUUGCCCAAUACCUCUUGUUCUGAAGUUGACGUGAUUAUGCUCUUGCAGUCUAUCCCAGUAGGAAUCGGGCAGGUAUAUGGCUGUGAUAACCCUUGGACUGGUGGCAUCAUCAUGCUGGCUCUUUUCAUUUCCUCCCCUCUCAUCUUCAGUCAUGCUGUGAUUGGCUCAGCAAUUGGAGUACCUGCAGCCCUGAGUCUGGCCUCUCCUCCGGACAAAAUUUAUGCUGGCUUGUGGAAUUACAACAGCUGCCUCUCCUGCAUUGCCAUAGGAGGAAUGUUCUAUGCCCUCACCUGGCAGACAUUUGCAUUGGCAGUAGCUUGUGCCUUUUUUACCAGCUACAUGGGAGAAGCUAUGGGCCAUAUCUUUUCAGUGUUUGGGAUGCCAAUGGGGACAUGGCCUUUCUGCUUAUCUUCGCUCACCUUCCUGCUCUUAGACACCACCAAUGAGGCCAUCUUCAAACUGCCUCUCUCCAAAAUCACCUACCCUGAAGCCAACCGGGCAUAUUAUUUGGCAAGAAAGGGAUCGUGCCCUGAAUCCAUUUGUGACAAAGUAUAACAGACUAAAUCAAAGAAAAGAGUUUAUUUUGGCAAGUAGAGCCUUCCCGAGGAAGAACAGAACCAUGAACAACCACUUAGUUUUCAGUGGGCAUUCUGUCUUUCUGGGUUGUAGAUACCUUCACUUGGAUCAGUAAAGUUCACCAUUCAGGACAUUCUUCAGUCAGAAGUGAAUGUCAUAUCUGACUCAUCUGGAAAGGAACAUCAUAUUUGUGGGAGAAAUGAGAGUUUAGACAGUGGGAUUCAGCUCUUGAAGCAAAGCCUGAUCCCAUCAAUUUUUAAUCACAUUAAAACAUCUACAAGGACAUUUGUAAAGCAAAGUGGGAGGAGAUGUUUCAGAUUAGAUCUAGGCUUCAUUACACUUCGACCAGCAAAAUCAAUAGAGUUAAGUUGGUGAAUCUUUGAUCCCACCGAUUUCAGUGGGAUUACAUUAAA